CGCGUGGGUGAUGUUGUUUGAUUGUGGACGUUGCGACAACCGCUCGUGCUGUCUACUUUGCUUUCGACUGCAGCAUGCGCAUCGUCGACAUCGCCCUCCUGGCCAUCGCCGGCCUCGUCGCCGGCCAAAGCGAUGAUGCGACGCUCCCGGCCUGCGACGCCAGCGUCAGGGUCACUUACACGACCAAGUACAAGCCCUUCUUCGAAGCGUGCAGCAACGUGACGGGCGGCAUCGACACUAUGCUCUCCAGCCCUUUGUACUGCAAGACGCCGGCGUGUAUCUCGGCCAUGGAAGUCGCGCACAGCGUUCUGUCGACGUGCACACCAGCAGCGGGCAGCAACGUAUACUUCACGCCUGGGAAGCAUUGCGCGCCCGAAUGCGUCAACAAGGCGACGCAGAUCCGGACCAUUCGCUCGCAGUGCCUCUCGACGAAACCGGGGGAACUCGGUCUUUGCUACCAGUGCAAGAACUAUGCCAUCGAGGUCAAGGCCUUCCGCGCGAUUUGCGAGGUCAUGGACACGGUCGAGGCGCUGCGCAACGAUGCCAACAUCACAGCCGCCUCUGCCGUCUGCUUUACUCCACCACCGACGACGCUUCCGCCCUCGAGCGACAGCAACAGCACAACGUACGUCAUAAUUGGGUGCGUUGUCGGCAUUCUCUUGGUCGCUGCUGUCCUCUUUGUGUGCUUGCGCAAGAAGACGCCCAAGGGGGACGUGUACACGAGCGCUGGCAACACGACCAACGGGUCCGGGAACCUUCACUCGAUGCGCCUCCGGUCGGGCGAGACGACCAACCAAACGGGUAACACGCGGGUCGCCAACGACAUUCGCUUCGACGCCGAGCUCUCGCAGUUCCGCAUUCCGCAGCAGGAGAUCCAAAACAUCUCGCUUCUCAACAAGGCAGGCUACCAGUAG